AUGCUGAACCGAUUGAGAAACCGCUCCCUCUACGACCUCCUCCACGUCGAUCCUCCUCGAGACCGUGCCCACGUCUACGAAACCUCCUGGCUUCUCCCACCCCUCCCCUACGCCAUCCUCCGCGGCACCAUCUCCCUCUACAUCUUCACCAGCAUCUUCUUCAUCUGGGGUUGGAGCGGCACUCAUGGCGACCGCGCAGAGAUCGGAGAGAGCUUCAGCUACUUCACCUGGCUGACCUACUGGGGACUAGGUUUCUACAUGCUCUUCGCCUCCAUCCACACAGCCUGCUAUGCCUUGAAAGGUCACUCGGUCCUCUUCGACCGCUGGCCUCGCGCCCUUCGCGCCCUCCACGGCCUCUUCUACACCACCGUCACUACCUACCCAUUCCUCGUGACCGUCGUCUUCUGGGGAAUCCUUUACUCGGGACCUUGGUACACCGUGACAUUUAGCGGAUGGCAGAACAUCUCCCAACACGGCCUCAACUCCCUCUACGCCCUGUCGGAAAUCAUCCUCCCAACCACAGCCCCGCACCCAUUCCUCAGCUUCGCCGUGCUGGUUUUCAUCCUUCUUCUAUACGUCUCCCUCGCCUACCUCACCUACCACACUGAGGGGUUCUACACGUACUCAUUCCUGGAUCCCGGUUCGCAUGGCGAGAAGAGCGCCCAUGUUACGAGUUACUGUUUCGCCAUCCUGGCGAUCAUCCUUGUUUUCUUCUUGUUCUCGUGGUGUGCUAUUUGGUUGAGGCGGAGGGUGACGGGCGGGAAGGUGAAGAGGUCCGUUUAUGAUAGGGAUUAUGCGGGUGCUGAGGUAGGUGGUGAUAUUGAGGAAGAGGUGGGGGUAGAGGAGAUGAGGGAGGAGAAGUGA